AUGGCGUCUCUAAACGCUCUCGGUAGCAAAAGGGCGGGUAAUCGUGGUGCCGUCACGAGACUCAUCCCUAAAAUCCAAUCGAUCAUCGACGAUCAGACCAUGGACAAAGAUCAAAAGGUUCAUGAACUGGAGAAGAAACUAUUGGACUUACACAACAAAAUAAAAAUCAUCGAAAACCUCGACAACGAAAUUCAAGACGUCAUCGACGAGAACGAUCUGGAAACUGAGAUUAAUGCAUCAAGUACGGCGAAUUCUAUUACCUAUGAUGCCAGAGAUGCAGCGGAAUUCGUCCUCAUGAAACUAAAGCAAGAAAUUAGCAACGAGCAAGCAGCCAUGGCCGCAGCAGCAACAGUCGAGAACCCCGUAGCGCAGGCCCCUCCCUUCAUAGCUAUCAGCGAUUCGUCCAAUUUGCCAAAGUUUGACUUGCCUUACUUCGAUGGUAACAUUCUAUUGUGGCGUUCGUUUUGGGAUGUUUUUGAAGUGGAAGUUGAUGCAAAGACAAAAUAUUCUGAUGCUACGAAGUUUAACUUUCUCAAUUCGCGGCUCAUGGGCGAGGCUAAGGCUCUUUUAGCGGGUCUCACGCCUACCAACUUCAAUUAUCCCAAGGCGGUCGAUCUUCUUAAACAACGUUAUGGUCAACCACACAAAAUCAUAAUGGCACACAUGAGAGCUUUAGUGGCUUUAGCAAAGCCCGCUCACGAUCGCAAUAGCUUACGUGCCUUUGCCGACAAUCUGGAGUCCAACAUCCGUGGAUUGGAAGCUUUGGGAAAAGGAAUUGACACUUAUGAAGAUUUACUCGUAUGCAUUCUUCUCGACAAGCUCUCAGCUGAAGUUCGUCGAAACUUAACUAGGCAGCACGGUGCCAUCGAAUGGACAUUAGACGACCUGCGAGUAGCACUAAAAAGGGAAAUUGUAAUCUUGGAAGAUCGUUCAACAACAAACGCAAUCAGCAACCAUGUAAACAAGCGGGAGUAA